AUGCCCAACGAAGACCACCCCAACAUCCUUGCACCUCACCAGCCUCCUGGAACCUUCGCUCGUCUCCGAGCGAAGGCUUUCGCCGACCGCGAACGCAAGGCAAAGGAGGAGGAGGCGAGGAAGAACAAUGGAGAGCAACAGCAGAAGGGAGAGGAGCAGAUAAAGGAGACCUCUUCUUCCUCAUCCGCUCCCGAGUCAAGGCCAGGAUUCCGUCCCUCGCUCCUUAAGCCUCGCCCUGUCUUUCCGGGGACCAUGAACAUCGCAAUCUUGAAUGAUGACUGGACCCUGCCCCUCGACCAGGUCGAUCUCAAGGCACGCCGCCAGCGUGAGGUCUAUCUGGCUAGGGAGAUUGCUGCAUGGGAGCAGUUCCAAUAUGAGCAGGAGCAACAAGGUCGGGAGGAGGCGUCUGAGAGUGCCGCUGAAUCGAAGAACGCCGCUAUUGGCGGCGCUGAGACGAAGGGUGCCCGAUAA